AUGCCCUCUGUUUCUUCUGUUUCUGUUGAGAUAUAAAAUGAGUUAUAGUCAUUUUCGUUUUGGAAGUUAAUUUGACUCCUGCACAUGUGUCAAGGAUUCACUGUUUGAAGAGAGCUAGUCAGUCUUGUACUUUCCACAAAAUCAAUUCCUUGAGCAAAUUUUACGUUCACUGAGUAUGAAAUGAAAGUGAUACCACAGCUGACUUCUGAAUUACUAUGAUGUCUGCUGCAUUAACAUUGCACAGUGAAACCCAACUUAUCCAGAACUAGUGAUUUUAUAGUGUGAACACCACACUUAUCAAGAAUGAAAAAGUUUACAUGAAGUGGAAAAUAUGUUUACCUAAUGUGUUUUCUGUGAUUUUGCUUCUGUUGGACAUAAAUGCAUUUCUUGUUGACAAGUUGGUCCAAGGUAAGCCAAUUUUUUAGCAUUACUGUUAGUUUACCUUCAUAACCAAGAGGAUUGAUUUUUGCGUGUGUCUGUACAUGCAUCUAGGGUUUUUAAUUUUAAAACUCGCCCUGAAGUCGAAUGGAUCUGCAGUUGGUAGCAGUUUCAUCACGUGCAUGUUUUCAGCACCAGGGGGAACAUCGGUAGUUACUAUUUGGCGGUAUUUGCGCUGGUGGUCGUUCGAAAGUGGAGAAUUUUGUGUUGAGAUGUGAGAUUUGGAGUUGGUUAAAAUUCGUUGUGUAUCUAAAUGGUGAAUUAUCUGAUCUACAUAAACGUCUGUGUACGUGUAUUUGGACUUGCAGUUUAUUGGUAUAGCGUUACAUGUGGGAAUUAGAAUAAGGUUACGUAGAAAUUGUGUUUACACUGCUCUGUAUUUCACUUGGUAUGACGGGCACAAUUGAAUGUAGAAAAUGCGAUGACCAGAGAACACAGAAGACAAAGUCUCCUUAUGUACUCUAGAAAUUUUGAUUAACAAGCCUGUCUGGUUUUGUUGUGGAGCAUCCUGGGAUGAGUAUUUUUCAGGGUUCUGAGGAUUUGCAGCUGGAUGAAAGUUUUCAGAAUCUGGAGGAAGAUGAAGCCGAAGAAGACCAAAAACGCAGGAAUAAGGAACUGCAUGACCUCCUUACAAAUGCAUUUGAUGAUCUGAUGGAUGAUGAUGAUGAUAUAAGUACCCUAAAUAGCACUUGUCGUUCACCUGCUAUGAUUGAAGGAGAUACAGGCAGACCUGCCAACAUGCAGCACCAGCCUUUACCAAAUGAUUUAAAGAAAGAUAUAGGUGGAGAGAGUUCAGACUUUAGGGUUGCCAUAGUCAGUCCUCAGGUAUCAGAUCACUACCAGUAUUGCUUCAGAAACAGCCCUUAUGAAGACAGCAAUCAACAGUACCGGAAAGCAGAGUAUGGCAGUAUGGAGCAGCUAGAGGUACUGUAUGAGGUGCGUGUGAGGGAGGUGCAGCGACUCUCUCAGCAGUUGGAAGAGUUGAAAGAACAAGCAGCUCACGAAAAGGACCAGCUGUAUCGACGAUUUGCUCUUGCCCAGGCUGAGAAGGAGCAUGUUACACAGCAGCAUUCACAGUCUGCCAAAAAUCUCGUAUUGAGUAAAGAAAAAGUCUUGGAGCUGGAAAAGGAGGUGGACACCCUCAGACUGAACUUGGCUAAUGUCCAGCAGUCCAAUUUGAAGCUUACAGGAGAACUGGAUGCAGGACGAAUGUCAGUGAAGGAUUUAGAACAAAAAGUGUCUUUGCUGGAGCGUAGCAGUGUAGCUAGCAAGGAUACAUUACUCCGCGGAAUGCAGGAACGAUAUGAGAAGGAAAUUCUUACCUUAAGAAACCAAAUAGAAUCUAUUACAGCAAAGCUUAGUGCUAAGGACAUUGAAUGUGAAGGAUUACAGCAACGCCUGACUGACUUAAGUCGAACCCAUGAAGCUCUCCUAGUAGAGAAGACAGACACCAUUAACCAGUUGAUGGCAAACUUAGAAGAGAGCCAACGGCAAUGUCAGAAAUUGAUCGCGAACAUCGAUAAUGGAAAAACUGCUGCAGAGAAAGAGCAGCUAGAGAAAGAUGUACAGAAACUUCAGACAGAGUUGAAUACUGUGCGUUCAGAUCUACAACACUAUGAAGUAUUGGCACAGUCUGGACUGCUGGGGGCAGAAGAUUCUGACUCAUUCAGAAUGGACUCUAAGCCACAACCUUCCAAUGAUGAGAAUAUCAGAUUGCGGGAUCAACUGCAGCGCUGCCUAGCUGGUUUGUGCAUGAAACGUGAGCAAAUCAUGAAACUGAAGGCCCAGCUUCUGGAUCGAGAUAAGGUGAUUAAAAAAAUGAGAGAACAAGAGGCAGCUUACCUUGUGCAGACAGACAAUUUCAAGAAAGAUGCAGAAGGCCUGCUGGAGCAGUUGCAUAAAUAUCGAACUGCAGAGGGCAGCUCCAAGGACAUGUUAAAGCUUCAGUCUCAAGUUGCUGAGUUACAGUCUGAACUCACUGUUGUAAAGGCAGAUAGAUAUCGUUUGGAAGGGGAGCUGGUAAUUUUGCGACAAGCGAGCAUGGGAGAGAAAUUGAGAGCCAUUGAUCAGCACAGUAAGGAGUACAUAGAGUGGCAUGACAAAGCCAUUGCAAGAGUCAGGCAAGAGGGAAAUGAGCAGAUAGAAAUGCUAAACGCAGACUUCAGUAUUCAACUGAGGGAGGCUCAGAAGGAAUGUGACGAAGUGAAGCAACUUUAUAUUGAAAUGUGUAAUACAAAGGAGUGUGAGCAGAAGGCAAAGAAAGAGCUUGCCAACCUUCUGGACCUACAAACUGAACAGUUAAAGAAGACACAGGUUGAACUAGAGACUGAGCGAAAAAAGCUAGCAGAGCUGUCAGCAGUCCAAGAAUCUGUAGCUGAGGUGGAGAAUUUAAAGCAGGCUUUGAAUACUGAAAAGGAAAAGGUGCGAUCUCUAGAGGUGGAUUUGGAAGCAGCCCGGGAACGGGACCAUCGUUACACAGCAACUGUUACAGAGGAAAUUGAAAGGGCAAAGAUGGAGGCUUUGCAGGAGCUGCAGCUUAGCUCUAAGCAGACACACCCAGCUAUAGUAGAUAGAGCAUGCUCUCCAGUGAGGGAGUUCAAGGCGGAAGGAGAGGAGCUAUCAAGAGCUGUGGCAACACUGGAAGCCCAGCAUCACAGACAAUUAGAACAGGUUAAGCAAGAGAGCGUACGGUGCCUGGCCAAUGAACUCGCUACAUGCGAGGCAAGGCAUCAACAGCAGCUGGAACAAGCUGAAGAGCAAUAUUCACACAACCUGGCAACGUUUCGGGGCCUCAUCGAUAACAAGACCCAGGAGGUGGAGGUGUUAAAGCAAGCCAUGCUUGCGGAGCGAGACAAGCUGAGAGCUAAACAUGAGAGUGGCCAUGUGAUGGAAGAACUGACAGCUCGCACAAAGGAAGUUGAGCAACUUAAGGACCAACUGGAUUCAUAUGAUAAAGAAUGGCAGGCAAGACUGAGUGCUGAGACUAGCAAGUGGCAGGCCAGGCUUGCAGAACACCAGCAAGAUGUGGAGAGUGAACGAGACAGAAUGGCAGAAGCAAUUGCCGGUUGGGCAGAGGAGUUGCAGACAGUACGAAAACAACAUCAAGAGUUGGAGAUAAAAUCACUAGAACUGCAGAAUAAGUACCAAGCAGCGAAGAAGACUGCUCGUCGUUACAAGUUAUGGGCAGAUGGGAAAGAACGGCACAUACAACAAGAAUGGCAACGUAUCACAGUUGGUUUUCAGAAUGCUUUUGAGGUACUGCAUGCUAAAGCCGAGGCAGCACUUACGUCUACAGAGAGUGAUAAUUGUGAUGUUAAACGGCUGGAAAAGCAAAUACAAGAAUUGCAAGAUAAACUGGUCAUUGCACACCCAACUGAAAGUUCAUGACCCCCAGUGAGAUCACAAAGGAUGUUACGCAGAGUGAGACUAAUGUUUUUAUUAAAUAAAAAUAUAUGCCAGUUGACUGAAAUCUGUUGUAAAAAAAGUAUGCUUGUUAUGAUUUAAAAUGUUUUUGUCAAAAAACAAUUCACAAUAGAAUGUAUAAGUAAAAAUUA